AUGUGGAAGACGAAUGGUCAAAUUAAUGAUUACGGACGCACAUUAUCGGAUCAACAAAUAAUAGAUGUCCAAAAAGCAAAAUUAGAGAAAACCCUCAACCAGGAACACCUGUCAACGCUGAUCACCGCAAUUACACUGUCAAGUGAAAAACACAGAGAACAAAGACGAAGAGUCCUCAAAACCAAGCUAGCCAAGAUUAGAAAACAACAACCAGACAAUACGCCCAUAGACUGCGUAGUCAACCUAUCAAAACAACCACUAUCAAAAAUGGAACAACAACUACUACAAAAAGGAUUAAACUACAACACCGGAGAUGCUUCAAAAACUGAUUUCUUCGCUGCCUUUGAAUCAUUACUCAAAUCAUCAAACUUGAACGAGGAAACACAGGAAGAGAUACGCCAAACAAUUGUACCAAUGGUCAAACAGAAAAGACAACACACACAACUCAACGCUCAAGAACUAAAGGCCCUCAAAAAGCUGAAAAAUAGGAAGGACAUCGUCAUUUUACCAGCCGACAAAGGAAGAACAACAGUAGUCAUGGACAGAGAAGAAUACACCAAGAAAGCUGAAGAACUACUCAAAGAUGAGGAUGUAUAUCAACAAAUCCCAUACAAACAUUGGACAACCGCAUCCAAAGGACCUUAAACAAGCUCACCAAAACUGGACAGAUCACAAAACAAGACCAAUGGCGAAUGAAAUCCAAUGGACCAGUCCUACCUCGAUUCUACGGCAGACCCAAAAUACACAAGGCAAAUAUCCCGUUACGACCAAUUGUAUCACUCCCAGGAACUCCAACAUAUAAUUUAUCCAAAGAAUUAUACAGAAAACUAAAACACCUAACGGAAUCUUGCGAUCACUCCAUCAACUCUGCUAUCCAAUUCCUAGAGAAAAUCAGAGGCAUCCAAAUAGAUGAACAAGAAAUAAUGGUAUCCUUCGACGUGACAGCAUUAUAUACCUCUGUCGGACAAAAACUAGCAAAAGAAACCAUGGAGCAAUUACUUAGCAACGACGAACAACUUCCACA